AUGCGCGCAUACUGGUAUGACAACAAGCCGGGCGACCAGCGCGAGCCCCACGACUCGGGCCGCGAGGUCUCAGAGGAGACCCUUGCCAAGCUCGGCGUAUUCUACAGACACUGCCCAACAAUCGAACAAGUGGACAAAAUCGCCGUGGAACGCGGCUACAAGAACCGCGACCAGUUGAUCGUGUCACCGGAGGCUAUGGGCGCCAUCUACGAGGACAAGGUGAAGAUGUUCUUCGCCGAGCACCUGCACGAGGACGAGGAGAUCCGGUACAUCCGCGACGGCGAGGGCUAUUUUGAUGUCCGUGGGGUGGAUGACGAGUGGAUUCGGAUUGCGCUGGAGAAGGACGAUUUGAUUGUCCUUCCUGCGGGGAUCUACCACCGUUUCACUACCAAUGAUAAGAACUACGUCCAAGCUAUGCGCCUCUUCCAAGACGAGCCGAAGUGGACAGCGCUCAACCGUGGUGCGGACGUUGAUGCGAAUCCCCACCGCAAGACUUACCUGGAUACCAUCAUCAAGCCUACUGCUGUCAAAUAA